AUGCCGUCUUUCGCUAUUCGGCAGCAGAUCCAGAUGCGCCACAAGGUCGAUCGCCGACAUAUCUACGACUGGUUCCACAGCAAGGGCCUCAGGGUCACCAAGGAAGACAAGCGCGCUACAGUAGAGCAGAAAACCGACGCUAUGCGCAUGCAGGUACGUUUCAACCGCGAAGUCAUAUUCAUAUGCUUACCUUGA